AGAAGAAGGGCAAAUUUUUUGGCUACUGUCCGGCAACAACUACUCCAUCAUUCUUGAACCCCCAUCCUCCUACCUCAUGAACCUUCCCUCCUAUUUCCAGUUCCUUCACUUUCCUAUUUCUUUUUUAAUAUUAAUUAAUCAAAUUUAUUAAAUUCCCAUAUUAAAAAAGCCUCCACUUUCUCUUCUCUCCCUUAUUUCCACCCCACCCUAAUAAAAUCCCCUCUUUUCUUUCCACUUCUCCUCCCUCACACUCUGCAAAAACAACUACUACAACACCCACUUCUCUUCUCUCUCUCUCUCUCUCUCUCUAUGUCUGCUGAGCAAAACCCAAACAUGGACCGCGGUCUCUUUCCCGAAUCAGAAGACUUCGGCCAUGGCAGCAAAGGUUACGCCCUCAGCGGCAAGAUUAUGCUCAGCGCUAUUGUGAUUCUCUUCUUCGUUGUCAUCCUUAUGGUCUGCCUCCAUCUCUACGCCCGUUGGUAUCUUCUCCGAGCUCGCCGCCGCCAAUUGCGUCGCAACCGCCAGCGCCGUACCCAUCUCGUAUUUCACGUCGACCCCGCCGCUGUUGCUUCAACCCGCGGCCUUGAUGCUUCGGUGCUUAAAUCGCUCCCUGUCUUCGUCUACACUACUUCCAAGACCGACCCUGAAUCGAACCCUAAAGAAUGCGCCGUUUGCUUAUCGGAAUUCGAAGAGAACGAGACGGGUCGUCUGCUUCCAAAAUGCAAUCAUAGUUUCCACACCGAUUGUAUCGAUAUGUGGUUUAAAUCUCACUCGACAUGCCCGCUCUGUAGAUCGCCCGUGGAACCGGAUCAGGAGGUCGAAAACCGGGCCGAAGUUGUUGUCACUGUGGAUGAACCGGGUGUGAACGAGCCGGGUGGUUCGAGUUCCGGGUUGUGUUCGGAGUGCGAAGAAGACCGCACCGCUCGUGCCCGAUCGCCUUCGGCAGUGCCUUCGUCGUCGUUUGAAAACCGGAGGAAGCCGAUGGAGUUUGUAGGUGUUUCCAUAGAAGUUCCGAGAAGGAACGAGAGUUUCGGAAUAGCAGACGACGAAACGAGAGCUUCUCCGUCGCCGGCGAGCCAGUCGUUAAGAUCGCCGAUCAGUCGGAUGUUGUCGUUCAAGAGGAUACUGAGCUGGGAGAGAAGAGGAGCCGUUUCACCGUCGGCAAAUGCUGCGAGCUGCAGCAGCAGCACCGCCAUGGCUGAGUCGGAUAUCGAGCGGGCGGGGACGAGAAGCGACUCAGUGAGUUGACUCAGUAGAUAUGUAUAAGUGACGUGGCAGGUAUUUCAUAAAAUUUUUACCGAGUGAAAAGAAAAAUAUCCGGUGCCUGUUCUCAGUCUGUGUGUGUCUCCAGGCAAAAAUGAGUAGAUGAAGUCCACGUGGCAGGCUGACGGGCGAAGAAAGGUGUUUGGUUUUAUAUACGUAUUUUUUCUCCAUGCCUUAAAUGGAGAGAAUACGAAAUUUGACUUGUAUAUAAUAUUAAUAUCUCAUUCCAUUUAUUAAUUGUGUUUGUUUUUUUUUUUUUUUUGAAAUUACUACUAUUAUUGUAUAAAGGAAAAAAGAAAUUCGAUUUUGGCGUGCUGGGCAACUUGGAAAUAGAAUUAUGUCUUUUUAUA